AUGGCUGCACGAGGGAAACCACCCCAGAUCGCGACUGUACGAAAUAUGGCCAAUUUACUCCUUUUUGAACGAGAAAUCAAAUCUGAAUCCAAGCCUCCAUCAACAGUUGGUGUCAACUGGGUACAAAACUUUGUCAAUCGUCAUAAUGAGUUAAAAUCCAGAUUCUCCCGAAAGAGUCAAUGCAACUGGUUGAGCUUUACAUACAAUGAUUAUUCUGAAGGGAAAGAUGCAUCAAUCCUGUUGCCCUUGGAUGUUAGCUGUUUCUCUCCUCUAAAGAAGGCGUACGGACAACAUAUGGAAGAGCAAAUGUGGCUUGACAUUAAUCACAUUGAUAAGAAAGAGUUUUUGACUCUAUAUUCAGCAGCUCAUAUGAAAGCUCUGAAUGAGAACAACAUCAAAAGUGGUUUCAAAGCUACAGGUGCUGCUAUUUUAGCAAAGGAAAACAAGGAACUAAGAGCUGCAAAUGAGAAGCAAAAGAGAAAGUGA